UUGUCACUGUCUCCCUUCUCCUCCCGUGGUCAGGAGCUACUUAUCCUCUCGUGUUGGAAAACUCCACAUAAACACCAUAGAUCACACCUCGAGUACCCCCCCUCAAGAUCUCAGCAUCCAUGCAAUGACCUCCCUUACCACCACCGCCGCCGCUCCACAUCUCUCCCAAGCCUUGAGACGACGUCGCAACGCCGCCGUGCCAAGGCGAAGAUCCGCCUUCUGCUGCCAAAACCGCCUUCCGACGGAGCCGCCGAUCGGCGGCGACGGAGGAGGAGGAGGAGGAGGAAAGAAGCGGGCGUGGUGGAUCACCAUGGCCGAGAGGGCGCGCAGCGGCGCGGUGAAGGCGGGGAUGGACGUGCGGGAGAGCCUGAGCCCGAAGCAGAAGGGGGACUGGCAGGACGUGGCGCUCAUGAGCCUCUCCUUCGCCGUCUACGUCUACAUCUCCCAGAAGAUCGUGUGCACAUACUGCGCCUGGGUCUCCAUGAUCAAUCACUAGCUCAGAAUUAAUUCUUACAUGUAUAGUCACAUAUAUUUAGCGCCAAUAAAGCCUCCGCUGUCAUUAUUA